UUCAGUUUGAGCACUAUAGAAUACAAUGUUGUCCGCGCUGCUUGUUAUUGCUGUCUGUAUGACAGCCACAGCUGUCAGUGCACUCAAUAAACCCUGCUUGAGUGACCAGUUGGAAUAUGGCGGAUACGACAGCUUUGGGAGGUACUCGUACAAUGCCCUGGACUUUAAGAAAAAAAUGUCCGGACUACAAAGGAUCGCCGGGUCAAAAAUGGUGAAAGAUUUUUCAGGUGCCCAGGCUAGACGUUACGACAUCACCCCAGACAACUGUACUGUGACUAACAUCAGUAGCUCGCCAGACACCCCACAGUGUGUACCAGACGACGCAAUGAAGGUACCAGCCAAUGAGGGCUUCGCCUGGAAGUUUCAGAACGUAGAUGGCGCCACGUUGUUCUACAAUGUCACCUCCGACCCAUCUAUGGCAACUGUGGUUCUAGAGAAAGAUUCGCCUAAACAACAAGCCAACGUUAUUUACUUUAACUGGAGCACGGUGAUUACAGACGCAGAUAUAUUUGUCAUACCAGCACGUUGCCAUGGUAACUAGAAUACGUCAUCAAAUCUGUAACUUGAAAAACAAUUAAAAUUGUGUUUAAAAACUUGACAUUAAACCA